AUGGACGAUGUGAUCACCGAUGAUAGCGAGGUAUUUACUGAGAUCAUGGCAGAGGCUGAUCAGCCAACAACUUUCCCAGCCCCGUCUAUUCCCCGGUGUCCCCCUGAUAGGUGGGCUCAGAUCACGUUUAGUAGACCCUCCUGGGCUUGGUUCAAUUCACUAAAUAAACACCAUAAAACAUCACUUGUGGAAUGGAGUAAAAGCUGCAAUAUUAAUCUUGUACAGGUGAAUGGUCAGAGAAAAUAUGGUGGCCCUCCUGAAGGUUGGGUUGGAGAGGCCCCUCCAUUUGGGACCGAGAUAUUUAUCAACAAAAUUCCACAAGAAAUCUAUGAAGAUAAAAUAAUUCCACUUUUUCAGGCUGCUGGAAUAUUGUAUGAGUUUCGUCUUAUGAUGGCCUUCAGUGGAUUUAAUCGUGGGUUUGGUUUUGCCCGAUAUGCCACUGUGCAUGGUGCAGAGCUGGCCAUCUCAAGGUUUAAUGGAUAUGAGAUUCUACCUGGCUGCAGGAUUGGAGUCUUCAGAAGCGUUGAAAAAUGUAACCUGGAGCUGGAUGGCCUGCCAUGUGUCCUGGAUAGAGUUGUCCUGACCCGUGUCCUGUGUGAAAUGACUUCUAAUCUGGAGAAAGUGUCUCUUUUCGCAAGUCCAACCCUAGAGACGAAAAAUCUUGCAGUCUUGAAAUACAGUUCACACCGAGAUGCUGCCAUGGCAAAAAGAGUCCUUUGUGAAGUGAAGGGUUGGUUAUUCAUCUGUACUAAAUAUGAGGACACCAAGGGAUAUACCACAGCUAGAGCGGAGGGUCCUCGCUUCCGCAGGACAGAGGAUCAGGUAAGCUGGCUGAAGAAGACGCACAAGAGAAAAAUAUCUUUCCAGACCUUUCUAGAGCCUCAUUCCAGUGUCCCUUGUAUGAGCUUAAAUAAGGAACCUGCACCCAGGGGUGUCGAGUGCCUUCGCCUCAUCUGUGACCAACUCGGCUUGGCUCAGCCAGUUUACCAAAUCAAGUUUCUCCGUCUUGGCUCAUGUGGAUGGUUGCGGUUUUGGUAUCAGGUAGCCAUACCAAACUAUUGUGAUCCAUUUACUGGAUAUGCCUGGUUGAUUGGUGACAAACUCAUCCCCACUGACAAGUAUGAGCAAGCAAAAGAAAUUGUUGCAUUAAGGAUACUGGCGAAACUAGGUGAGUGGUAUGCGUGUAAAUAA